AUGGCUUGGGCAACAGCCGAAGAGAACACUUUCCUCCGAGCGCGUCAGCUCCGCCGCUUUUAUGCAAAGCACAUUAGUUCGGAAGGCCCUCUGAAGUAUGCAGACAAGAUCACACCAACUGACAUGGACCUCGCCACGAUUCUCGCUCCAGACUACAAGCUUAAAUACUGUGCUGAGGGCGAAGAAGAGUACCCCGAGCAGUGGGAGCUGAAGCCAAAAUCCCUUUCUUUUAUCCUUAACAACUUCCGUCCCAAGGCCAAGGAGAUAAAAACCGCCAUGGACGAGGUGGUUGAUGCUUUCAUCGCCGGGGAAUCAACAACCAUUCCGCCGAUUUUUCCUGGGGGCUAUGGUGAUAGACACCAGGUUCAUUCUUCUCAGGUAGUUACUAAAGGCCUUCAGAGGGCGUUGGCGGAGGUCAGAAAGGAGAAGAACGCGGCUGAGAAGAAGGCUAAGCUAUACUUGGCUCGAGCUGAGAAGGCUGAGGCUGAACUUCAGGAGCUUCGGGAGGAGCUGGAAGAGGAAGGCGAUGAAGACAACGAAGCCGAAGAAGACGAAGAAGAUAAGAAAGACGACGAAGAUAGGAAGAGGAAGAGGAGGAAGAUUGAUUGA